AUUGACUACAGCAGGUAUUUAGCUCUACUCUGUCCUCCGUCCAUCCCCUGCACAAUCACGAAAUGAAAUGCUGAUUCCCGGUCAUCCGUAUGUGUGACCCUCCACCAUGUAGUCACCUGAGUGCCGACAGCAGAGCUUCAUCCAUGCCAUCUUUCUAAGCAGCUUUCAUCUUCAGGUCCGAUCGUGACAUAGAUAGCCUACAUCCCGUCCUCCGUCCAUCAUGCUGCAGAUCGGAGAUGAGGCGGUGUAUUUCUCGGCGGUGUUUUUACUGGUGAUGUUGGGGACGAGGAGCGCCACGGGGGCCUCCCUCCUCACCGCAUUCCUCUACGUCUUCAUGGUGAUGUUCCGCUUUGCUCCGGUGCCUGUGGAGCAGGCCGGACGCGUCCUCCGGCCCAGGGCUCCAUCAGGUGGCGUCCCGGUGGUGGCGCACCGCGCGGGGAGCCACGAUGCACCGGAGAACACCUUGGCAGCGAUCAGAGAGGCCAGUAAGAACGGGGCAACUGGAGUGGAACUGGACCUGAGUUUCACAGCCGAUGGCAUGCCUGUACUGAUGCACGAUGAGACUGUGGACCGCACCACCAACGGCUCUGGAUCAGUUAGCAAACUACAUUUUGUCCAACUUAAGAGACUAGAUGCUGCUGCUAAACACAGGCUGAAGGACAAGUUCAGUGGAGAGAAGGUCCCCACUCUGCAGGAGGCUGUGCGGGAAUGCAUGAGACACCAGCUCACUAUCUUCUUUGAUGUCAAAGGUCAACCUGAUAAGGCUGCAUCAGUGCUUCGUGAGAUGUAUAAGAAGUUCCCUGUGCUUUACAAUUCCAGCAUUGUUUCCUCCUUUGAACCCAAAGUCAUCUACAAGAUGCGUCAGACUGACCCCAAAGUUGUCACGGCUCUCAUCCACCGGCCCUGGAGACUGAGCCGCCUUGGCGAUGGCACUCCUCGCACUCUCUCCACAUGGGGUCAGAUGUGGACGGGGGUUCUGGACGUCUUGCUGGACUGGGCCCACCACCACAUACUCUGGAAACUCUGUGGCGUCUCUGCUAUCCUUGUGCAGAAGGACUUCAUCUCAUUGGACUAUGUUCAGUACUGGACAGAGCGAGGUGUGGAGGUGGUGGGCUGGACUGUUAAUACAGCUGUGGAGAAAGACUACUACCAAAACCUGCUGAAGAUUGGCUACAUCACUGACAGUCUGCUGGAAGACUGUGAUCCGCAUUACUGAAUGAUCACACACACACAGUGGUUAGAGAUAGACAGGGUAAGGUGUGACCUUGUAAAAGCAAACAUUUUACAGCUUCUUAAUGAACAAAGUAGAAACUCUUUGGUGCGACAGAAGAUGACAUAAUUACUAUCAUUACAACAAUCCCCAGUUUCCUGUGCUUUCUAAGAAUGUAAAAUACUGAAAUAUGUGGAAAUAUAGUUAUUUAUUUAUAAGGUGGAAGGAAGGUAGAAAUUUGGUGCUAACUAGCUCUGUAGUGGCAAUUGAACAACCCAAGCUUUACAGAACUGAUUUACUGUAGAGGUAAGAAGACAUCAUUACCUGUAGCUGGCAUACGGGUAAGUUCCCUUUAAAUCUACAGACAGAUUAAACCAUGAAGACUUAA